AUGGAUACAAGAUCGACUACUUUACUCAAUGCCAAACUAUUUGAAUAUGAAAAAGAGUUAUCUUCAAGUCAUUGGAGUAGUAUACGUCAAGGUGCAAUGUUUGGAAUUUAUUCUGGAUGGCUAUCCCUGAUAAACUAUUCAGUUUAUUCACUUGGUUUUAUCUUAGGUUCUGUUCUCAAGUCAAGCGAAGAUCAAUAUCGCUCGAAUAUUACUGAUAUUCUUGUUGUCAUCUCUAUCUUUGCACAAUGUUUGAAUUUCUUCAGUUUUAUUGGUCCUGACUUUCAAUCAUUUUCGGAAGCUCGAGGUGCAGCAGCAGCAGUGUUCCGGCUCAUUGACGAGGGAAAUGAUGCAAGUAUCAAUGAAACAGACGUAUGGAAAGAAGAUGCCGAAGCAAAUUAUGAUAUCAAUGGUGACAUUGAAUUUGACAAAGUCAACUUUAUUUAUCCAUCUCGAAAAGAUGCACCAAUUCUACGAAAUCUCUCUCUUAUUGCUCGAGCUGGUCAAACAACUGCUCUCGUUGGUCACAGUGGCUGUGGCAAAAGUACAUGUAUAUCACUAUUAAAUCGUUUUUAUGAGCCUUCUUCAGGACAAAUAAUGAUAGAUGGUCGGCCAAUAACUGAUUACAAUGUCAAACAACUUCGACAAAAGAUUGGAGUUGUUAGUCAAGAACCCCUUCUGUUUGAUAUGAGUGUUUAUGAAAAUAUUCGUUUUGGUAAAGUAAAUGCAACACGAGCAGAAAUUGAACAAGCAGCACGAGAAUCAAAUGCACAUAAUUUCAUCAUGCAAUUACCAAAUAAAUAUGAAACACUUGUUGGUGAACGUGGUAUGCACUUGAGUGGUGGUGAAAAACAAUGUAUUGCAUUAGCUCGUGCUCUUGUCAAACAGCCUACUGUCCUCUUACUAGAUGAAAUAACAAGUGCACUUGAUAAUGUUAGUGAAAAAAUUGUUCAAGAAGCACUCGAUCGAGCAUGCAAAGGUAAUAAUUGUUUUUUUUCUGUUUUUCGUAUUGAUAUAUCAUAUUGUACAGGUCGUACAACUAUUAUUAUCGCUCAUCGUUUAACUACAGUUCGAAAUGCUCAUCAAAUAUAUGUAUUAGAUAAUGGAAAUGUGAUUGAGCAAGGUACACAUGAAACACUAAUGACAAAAGAAGGAAGCAAAUAUCAAGCAAUGGUCAAGCGUCAACAAAUGAAAAGAAUCUAUGAUGAUACAGAUGAUAUUAUGAGCAUACAAAAAGCAACAGAAGAAGAGGAAAAAUCUAUAAUUGAGCGCUCUGGUUUGUUUAGCGGCGUAUUAACUGUUGAUGGGAAUAAACAAGGCCCAAAACCAUUCAAACAGAGGUUUGUCUUAUUAAGACUCUUAUCAAUGAAUAGUCCUGAGUGGAUUACCAUCUUGGUUGGUUGUAUAGCAUGUUUAUUGAGUGGCGCAGCUCAACCAUUAUUUGCAUUUUUAUUUGCUAAAACAGUCGAUGUGAGUAAUCCACCUAAAUAA